AUGAACGACCAACCUUUAUUACAACCUAUUGAAAACAUUGAAAAAGAACCUUUAAAUGAAGGUAAUAAGAAAAUAAAAACAAUAACAACCUUCUCUGUAUUUCCAUUGAUUAUUAAUGCAGCUAUUGGAACAGGAAUAUUUGGAUUACCUUUUGCUUAUUAUGAAGCAGGAGUUUAUCCAAGUUUAAUGGUUUUAAUUCUAUUUUUUAUUGUUAAUAACAUCACUUCAGGAUAUGUUCUUGAAGCAUUGAGUAGAUUAAAUAUUUUACCAAAGUCUUUCAAGGAAAGUCCACAAAUUAUUGAAGAAAAUAAAUGUUUUAUUAAAGAGACGUAUGGAUAUACUGAAAUGGGAUAUAGAUUAGGAAGUUAUCCAUUAAAGUUUUUUGCUAAUUUGUCAUUAGUACUUAAUUGUUAUGCAGGAUUAUGGGCAUAUGUUGCUACAUGUAUUAAAACAUUUACAACAAUUAUUUGGAUUAUUAUUGGAAAUCAAGAUUAUUGCCAUUCAAAGAAUCACUUUUUAGAUUCAUGGGAAUGUCAAUUAACAUACUAUGGAUCAUUAAUCAUUUAUGGAUUAGUUGUAAUCCCAUUAAGUUUUCUUGAUGUAGGAAAACAAGCAAUUGUUCACAUCAUUUUAACUAUUGUACGUUUUGGUUCAUUUACUGUUAUGAUAAUUACGUGUAUAAUACAAGUAGCUGUGGAUGGUCCAUUAACUAAUGAACGAAAUGUUUUUGAUUUUUAUUGGAAUGGAUUUGGAACUGUAUUUACACAUACAGCCUUUGCUUUUGUUGUUCAACAUACAAUACCAAGUAUCAUUUCACCAGUUAAGGGAGAAAAAAGAAAAGUUAAUUUACCUAUUAUCUCUGCUUUAUCAAUUGCAUCAGUUUUUUAUGCAUUAAUUGCUGUUAUUUGUUCAUAUACUUUUAAUGGUAAAGUAUUAACACCUGUAACAUUAAAUUGGUCAACAUAUACUGGAAGAAAUGGAGGUUGGGGAGAAGGGAAGGAAUUAUGGUUUGCAUAUAUUAUUAAAUAUCUUAUCCUCUUUUUCCCUGUUUUUAAUUUAACAAGUUCAUUUCCUAUUUUAUCAAAUACAUUAGCAAUGAAUAUUGAAAAUUUAUUCCCACACAGAUAUGUUCUUAAUCAUCCAAAGAAAUGUAAAUAUAUUUCUCGUGCUUUAGCAAUAUUCCCUCCUUUUAUUUUGACUUGUUUUAUUGAUUCAUUAGAAAUUAUUUUUGAUUUUGCUGGAAUUAUUGCAUUUUUCCUUGCUUUUACUCUUCCUUGUUUAUUUAUAUUUAUGUCGUUAUAUCGUUUUAAUGGAUUUACAUUAUUUACUAUAAAACCGAAAACACCAUUUACAAAUAUUAUUACAUCAACUCCAUUUGUUGUAAUGAUAAUAUUUUUUGUUACUUUGAUUUUGUUUAUGAUUUCAUUAUUCUUCCUUAUCCAAGAAACUGUUCUUUCUUUUAUUAAUGACAGUUCUUCAUCUGGUUCUUUUAGUUUUAGUAAUUGA